UGUGCGGGUACCAUGGUUUCCAGUUGUAAGAUGACGCCAUGGCUCAUGGCAGUUUUCUGCCUGGUGACAGCAGGUUGUCUCAACGUGACAGAUCAACAGACCAGCGAAUCAACCCAGACUGAGCAAGUUGCUAUCCUCAAGCAAAUUCGUAAGGUCAAUGAUGAUGGGUCGUAUACUUUUGGGUAUGAGGCUGGUGAUGGAUCUUUCAAG